AUGGAGCCUGUGUCAAUUCCUGAACUGACUGGUGGACUUAUUGAUUGUGUAGCCCAGUUAAUAAGAAUCGCUGAAGAGAUUUUACACUUUAUCACACAACAGCAGCAAGUUCCUCGUUUAGAGCAGAAUAAUAGAGUAGAGCAGGUAGAAGCAGAUGUGGCUCCUCCAGAUAAACCCUCACUACCAGAUCUUGCUAAUUUCUCUGACUUAGAAUCAAUACUUUCAUUAAGAGAUGAUUGAGACCUAGUCCUUGAUAUAGAUCAAGCUUUGUUAGAUAUAGGCGUUAUAAAUGAGGAUUUAUUAUCUGGGAUCAACAAUAAUUUAAGAAGAGAAUAA